CUUUCAUCACCUCAAUUACCUUUCAUCCCAAAUCAUCCUGCAACCUCAAUCACAAUGGUGGCAACAUUCAUCGAUAUCAACCCCCGCACACCGCUGUCGGAGCAGCUCAAAGAAAAGCCCGAAGCAGGCCCAUGUGUACUCGUCAAUACUUUCCACAUCCCGGCUGGCAAAAUGGAGGAAGCCUUCGCGGCAUGGAAAAUCGACGCUGAGCUAGCCAAACGCCAGCCAGGAUUCAUCUCGACUCAACUCCACCGUGGUAUCAACGGAAGCGAUAUGAUGCUCAACUAUGCGAUUUGGGAGUCUACCGCAGCUUUGAAGGCAUAUUACGACCUGCCCGAGUUCAAGGAAACCCUCGUCAACUAUCCAGAUGGAACCGAAGCUCGAAUCGCACUCUACCGGAAACAGCAUAUCGAUGGUAUCUGUCUGGCCUAGGCAUUUGCCAACAACAAAGCGUCCUGGGUUGCGGAUUGGGGGGGCAAUUCACACAUCAGCAUAGUUUUCCCUUGAAAUGGCAAAU